AUGAAGGCUGCACCUUCUGUGCGGAUGCCCAUCAAGGCGUCUGCCCGCAACGCCCGAUUCGUGAGCGGCACCAGCAACUCUCGGUCUUCUGUCGCCUCCCCCACCGCAGCCAACGCAUGGCAACAACUCUCGCGGGCACCAGCUGCUCAACCACGAAAGGCCCUGACUGCGCCUUUGGCUAAACUGCCUCUCUCAUCUGUUCUGCGUUCGUUGCUUGUGCUUUCCGUCUCAUCUUCAACCCUUCUCCUUAAGCCAUGCAUCUACACACUAUCGCUUCUUGCGCACCCGCGCAAUGCAUUCUGGGACGUCGCCAAGAACCCACUGCUGAACACACUCAUUAAGCACACCAUCUACAAGCAAUUCAACGCCGGUGAAAACAAGCUUGAGGUCCAGGAAUCGAUCAAUAAAAUCAAGGAUCUCGGAUGCCGUGGUGUCCUCCUGGGAUACGCGCGUGAGGUCCUGAUCGGCGAGAACGACGAGGCUUCGUACGAUGCCAAGGCCGCGCUGGCUGAUAUCCAAAUGUGGAUCGAUGGAACACUCCAGACCGUCGACAUGGCUCAACCGGGUGACUUCGUUGCGCUGAAGUUCACUGGAAUGGGUAUCGAUGCCCUCCGUCUUCUGCAAUCCCAGACCCUGCCUACCGAAUUCAUGGACACCUCGAUCCAGAAGAUUUGCGACCUCGCCAUCUCCCGCGGUGUGCGCCUGCUCGUCGAUGCCGAGGAGCAAGCCGUGCAGCCCGGCAUUGAAGCCUGGAUCAUGAAGUACCAGAAGUACUGCAACUCUCAAACCCCUGGACGCGCCGUUUUCUACGGUACUUACCAAGCCUACCUGCGCUCUACUCCCGCCACUCUCGCUCGCCACCUUGAGACUGCUCGUGCUGAGGGAUACACCCUCGGCGUGAAGAUGGUCCGUGGCGCCUACAUGAAGACCGAUCCUCGUGAGAUCUUCUGGGCUCAGAAGGAAGACACCGACAAGUGCUAUGACGAAGUCGUUGCCGCUCUCCUCACCCGCAAGUACAACUCUAUGCUCCAGGCUCCCACCAAGGAGACCACUGAUCUCCCAUCCGUCAAUGUCAUCAUCGCCACUCACAACCGCGAGUCUGUCCGCAAGGCUCACGCCAUUCGCAUGCAACAGGCUACCCGCAACGAGAACUUGGGCGUGGAUGUCAGCUACGCUCAGCUCCAGGGUAUGGCCGAUGAGGUCAGCUGCGAACUUCUGCAAGGUUUCGAGACUGCUGAGAACAGCGUCGGUGCUUCUCCCAUUGAGGCUCCCAACGUGUUCAAGCUCUUGACUUGGGGCUCCGUUAAGGAGUGCAUGGGCUUCCUGCUCCGUCGUGCCGUCGAGAACACCGAAGCCGUUGGCCGGACCAAGGACUCCCAGAUCGCCAUGUUCGCCGAGCUGAAGCGUCGCUGUGGCAGUGCUUUCACCAGCAGCAAAUAG